AUCCACUGUCUCGUCAGCACCAAAUACAACAUCUACACUGAUGCAAGAGAGUACAACGUCAGCAUCUACAGUCCCUGCUACUACAGCAACCAGCCAAACAAGCAGCAGCUCACCUACACCAGCAGAUAACAGCACAACUUUACCAGUCUCCCCAACAGAUAACAGCACAACUUUACCAGUCUCACCAGCAGAUAACAGCGCAACUUUACCAGUCUCCCCAGCAGAUAACAGCGCAACUUUACCAGUCUCCCCAGCAGAUAACAGUACAACUUUACCAGUCUCACCAGCAGACAACAGCACAACAUCAUCUACAGACUCUAUUUCUCCAAAUCCCAGCACAACAAACAGCAGUACCACAUCUAUACUUGUAAAUAUCAGCAUAACUUCAACACCCACAGCUUCUGACACAACACCACCAAGAACAACAAGUACAAGCAGUACAUCUACACCCACAGAUAUCCCCCCAUCUCCGUCAUCUGCAGUGUCUUCAACAACAGAACACAGCACAACAAGCAGCACUACUGCAUCAUCAGAUGUGAGCACAAACUCAGCCUCCAUGAUGUCUGCUGCUACGCCAACCAGCCAAGACAUCAGCAGUACUACAUCUACGCAAUUAGAUGGCCUCACAACUACAGCAUCCUCAGUCUCUGCAGCUACAGCUCAACCAGCAGCUCCAACAGGCUGUGCAGGUCCACCCCUGCUGUGUUGUCCUGGUCAAAACAACUCCUGCUACAGGGGAUGUUAUUGUGAUGAGGCCUGCUUGAAAUUAGGCGACUGCUGUCCUGACUACAUUUCAACCUGUGUGCAACAUAUCCCCCCAUCUCCAUCAUCUGCAGUGUCUUCAACAACAGAACACAGCACAACAAGCAGCACUACUGCAUCAUCAUCAGAUGUGAGCACAGACUCAGCCUCCAUGAUGUCUGCUGCUACACCAACCAGCCAAAACAGCAGCAGUACUACAUCUACGCAAUUAGAUGGCCUCACAACUUCAGCAUCCUCAGUCUCCGCAGCUACAGCUCAACCAGCAGCUCCAACAGCAGAUAACAGCACAUUAUCAACAGACUAUAUUUCUCCAGGACCCAGCACAACAAACAGCAGUACCUCCUCUACACUUGUUAAUACCAGCACAACUUCAGCACCCCAAGCUUCUGACACAACACCACCAAGCACAAGUACAUCUACACCCAUAGAUACCCCCCCAUCUCCGUCAUCUGCAGUGUCUUCAACAUUACCCAGUACAAGCAGCACUAAUGCAUCAUCAUCAGAUGUGAGCACAAACUCAACCGCCAUGAUGUCUGCUGCUACAGCAACCAGCCAAGACAGCAACAGUUCUAUAUAUACGCAAUUAGAUGGCCUCACAACUACAGCAUCCUCAGUCUCUGCAGCUACAGCUCAACCAGCAGCUCCAACAGCAGAUAACAGCACAUCAUCAACAGACUAUAUUUCUCCAGGACCCAGCACAACAAACAGCAGUACCUCCUCUACACUUGUUAAUACCAGCACAACUUCAGCACCCCAAGCUUCUGACACAACACCACCAAGCACAAGUACAUCUACACCCAUAGAUACCCCCCCAUCUCCGUCAUCUGCAGUGUCUUCAACAUUACCCAGUACAAGCAGCACUAAUGCAUCAUCAUCAGAUGUGAGCACAAACUCAACCGCCAUGAUGUCUGCUGCUACAGCAACCAGCCAAGACAGCAACAGUUCUAUAUAUACGCAACUAGAUGGCCUCACAACUACAGCAUCCUCAGUCUCUGCAGCUACAGCUCAACCAGCAGCUCCAACAGGCUGUGCAGGUCCACCCCUGCUGUGUUGUCCUGGUCGAAACGACUCCUGCUUCAGGCAUUGUUUCUGUGAUAACUCCUGCUUGCAAUUUGGCGACUGCUGUCCUGACUACAAGUCCACCUGCACGCAACCACCCAAUACAACAUCUACACUGAUGGAAGGGAGUACAAUGUCAGCAUCUACAGUCCCUGCUACUACAGUAACCAGCCAAACAAGCAGCAGCUCACCUACACCAGCAGAUAACAGCACAACUUUACCAGUCUCACCAGCAAAUAACAGCACAACUUUACCAGUCUCCCCAGCAGAUAACAGCACAACUUUACCAGUCUCCCCAGCAGACAACAGCACAACUUUACCAGUCUCCCCAGCAGAUAACAGUACAACUUUACCAGUCUCCCCAGCAGAUAACAGCACAACUUUACCAGUCUCCCCAGCAGAUAACAGCACAACUUUACCAGUCUCCCCAGCAGACAACAGCACAACUUUACCAGUCUCACCAGCAGACAACAGCACAACUUUACCAGUCUCCCCAGCAGAUAACAGCACAAUUUUACCAGUCUCCCCAGCAGAUAACAGCACAACUUUACCAGUCUCCCCAGUAGAUAACAGCACAACUUUACCAGUCUCACCAGCAGAUAACAGCACAACUUUACCAGUCUCCCCAGCAGACAACAGCACAACUUUACCAGUCUCCCCAGCAGCUAACAGCACACCUUUACCAGUCUCACCAGCAGAUAACAGCACAACUUUACCAGUCUCCCCAGCAGACAACAGCACAACUUUACCAGUCUCACCAGCAGAUAACAGCACAACUUUACCAGUCUCACCAGUCGAUAACAGCACAACUUUACCAGUCUCACCAGCAGACAACAGCACAACUUUACCAGUCUCACCAGCUGACAACAGCACAACUUUACCAGUCUCACCAGCAGACAACAGCACAACUUUACCAGUCUCACCAGCAGACAACAGCACAACUUUACCAGUCUCACCAGCAGAUAACAGCACAACUUUACCAGUCUCACCAGCAGAUAACAGCACAACUUUACCAGUCUCACCAGCAGACAACAGGACAACAUCAUCAACAGACUAUAUUCCUCCCAAACCCAGCACAACAAACAGCAGUACCACAUCUGUACUUGUAAAUAUCAGCACAACUUCAGCACCCAAAGCUUCUGACACAUCACCACCAAGCACAACAAGUACAAGCAGUACAUUUGCAGUGUCUUCAACAACAGAACAGAGUACAAGAAGCAGCACUACUGCAUCAGAUUUUGUAGCCCGAGCCCUUCUGCAGCAGAGCGGUGAAGGCUGCACCCUGAAGUGGAGACGCAUCAAACCCAUCUAA